GAGGAGUCCAGGGCGACAGUGGACAGGAGGGACCGCGUCAUUCGGGGCCCCAGGGGGCGAUGCCCAUCGCUGGACACCCGGCAGAACGUCUCUGUGGCAGUGCGCUCGCGGACAGAAAAGAAUUAAACGACACAUUUCUUUCGAUUUAAAUUGGGUCGAAUGCAUGCAGGAGGACUCGCCCACCCGUGAUUGUAAUGUUGAUAUUUCUACGAAAAGCGUAGUCUUGUGUUAUACGUAAUAUGAUUUUAUGUUAUUGACAAACGUGGCAUUUAAUCACCUGGUAAUGUUUUUGAAAAUUGAAGACGUGUGAAAAAGAAAAUCAUCAUGCAUUGCAGAUUACACUUGGUUGGUGUUUUGCUUCUGACCAGUAUAGGGUUUUUGGCAUCUUCAUUAAGCUUAGAAUAUUCUGAUCAUCUUAUUCAGUUAAUAACAACCAAUGAAGAAUAUCUGACAAAUAAUCCUAUGUUGUUGUCAGCGGUCGCACAGUCAACCAACUGCAUCAACAUGGGGGAGCUUCCACAAUGCACAGCAGUGUGUCCAAGUUACAUGCUGAAACUGAAGCGCGAAGACAAGCCUCUUAUAGCAAAAAUUCGUAGAACUGGUCAUUUGAAAGGAAAAGCUGUUGUAAGGCUUGUCAAUCAUGACAUGAUUCGAGAUUUAUUGAUUCCUUCUGGAAGGCCUAAUAGAUAUCCAGCCGUUUUUCCGAGAAGUCAGUUUGAAGAAAUCAAAAUGAAAGCAAAGCACUUAAGUAUACCAGAAAAAAUUGCAUUAUUGAAUGAAGAAGAGGCGAAAAGAAAGGAAGAGGAAAAAGAGUGCAUGAGGCGUCGAGUGGCAUUGCAAGAUUUCGACAUCGGGAGAAUUGCGACGGGACCUGAUAUUGUGGGUCGAGAAUGUGACAAAACCGCACAACAAGCUAACUAUGCUCUCGCCAGAGCUUAUGAACUCAGGCAAGAGCAAGAUGAUGAUGUCAAGAAAUUCAAUUCAGUUAUUUUGCAAACUAAAUGUCACGCUAUAAGAGAGGCCCAAGUUGCAGAAAAGAAGCUCAUAGAAAAGCAGCUAAAAGAAGAAGAAAAAAGAUUGGAUGACAUGAUGGAACAAGAACGACGGAAAGCCAUACACAAAGCAGAUGAAGAAAGACGACGUGAAAUUGAGAAAAAACAAGAAUAUGUCAAGCGCUUACUAAAUCAAAUUAGAGACAAAGAAAUUUCAAAACUUCUUGAAGCUGAAAACGUAGAAUGUGAAAGUCGUAAAAUGCAAGAAUCAAAUAUACAAAUGCAACUUGAAGAAUUGGAAAAACGUAAAAAGCAGAUUGCUCUUCAAGAAAAAGUAAGAAAGGAUUUAGAAGAAGUUAAUAAUCAGUUGAAACGCUUCCGCGAAAUGGAAAAAGAAGAUGAAAAGGCUUAUGAGAUCAAGAUGAAGGAAUUGCAGAAGAUGAAAGCCGAGCAAGAGGAAUGUAGAGAACUUAGGCUAAAAGCCCAAGCUCUGUCUUACAAUCAAGCAUUUGCAAAAUGUUGGUGCACGCAAAAGAAAGAGCAUGAUAUGCGAGACAAGUUGAACGACUUACACGAGCAACGCAUUCAAGAUGAGAUCGAAAGAAGCUGGCGCAUGAAGGAACAAAUGGCAGCACGCAAGAGAUUCGAACUCAAUGAAAAGUUGAAGAUGGGCCGAGAGGCUCAAAUCGAAGACACAAGACGUAUGAGGGCUUUAGAAAUGGCGAGAGAAAAACAAGAGUACGAAAAUGUUCUCAGGGCUCAACAAGAAGCUGCACUUAAGGAAGAUGAGAAAGAGAAGAAGAGACAAAAGGAGAGUGAAAUAUAUCUGAAGGCUCUGCUGAAUCAAAUUCGCGAAAAAGAACAAACAAAAAUACGAGAGAGGCAGCAGGUACAGGAAGAAGGCAUAUUAAUGCGACUUGAAGCUAAUUGCCACGACCGCCAAAUAAAAACAAUAGUGCAAAAGAAAGUGAAUCAGUUAAGAACUCAAGUUCCCGAAGUGUACGUGAAACAAGUUGAACGACAGUUGGAAAAACCCAACCUGUAACGAUAAAAAUUACCGAAUCAAAUAUCUUCACCGGAAAUAGGAGGAGCUGCAAUAAAUGAUCUCAAAAUAAUCGAAAAUUUACUUUAUCAAUGUAUUUAUUGCAGUAGUUCCGAGAUGUUGGGUUAGGGUCUAAAAAAGAAGAAAAAAUCCGUUUCGUUCAUUAAUUUGUUUUUUAAAAGAUGUUCCUUAUACUUCCAACAUAUAAUACGUAUUUAAAUCAUUCCCGUCUUGCAGAAUAACUAAAAGCAUGCCCACAAACGAUUCACAUAAUGAUUUAAACUUACAAUCUUGAACAUUUUCGAAUUAGCACCACGGCUGGGAAUUAUUCAACUAGAACAUGAGUGAUAUACUUAUAUAUUUUAAUACCUACCUAUUUUUUAAAUAAAAUAAAAACAACAUGAAAAGUAGUAUACCUGUAUUUCAAUGCUUACUUAGUUCGUUCAGCAUAGUUAAGGCAGUACGAUUGUACUUGGAAGAAUAGCUAGUCACGUGCAUUCACGGUUUGCUUUUUGCUGUCACUUUACCUACAGUUUCAGUGUUUGGACAAGAUCACAUUUGCAAUAAUUUUAAUUUUAGUAAACCGAUAUUGCAUUAAAGAUCGGCAGAUAACUGUUUGAAAUUACAUGAGAUAAAAAUUUGUUUAUUUGUACUUAGUAGGGCACUAUGUUUCACUGUCUUAUAUUCACACGUUAUGUUUUGCUCCAUAUUGCCAAUUCUUAAAUUUUUACUGUGUAUUACUAGGAGAGAUAUUAACUCAAUUUGUGAAUUACGGUAUUUUGAAAUGUAUUAAAGUUUGUAACAUAUGCAUUUCUCUCUCUCUUAUCUUGAAAAGAAUUUACUUUUUCUUGUACUUUUUCAGUUUCAUUUAAUUUUACUUUGGAAGCAAACCCAUGAAACAAUAUUAUUAAUAGAUUUAUUUACGAAUCUUAUGUAAGGUUGUGCCCAGAAGGGGUGAGAUUUUUGAAAUAUAUGUGUAUGUCUUGUGUGAUA